CGUAAACGGAAGUGAACAAUAAUUUCCAAGUUAGCGUUUUAUUGUUGUAUUUAGACGUUUAUUAACACCCUAGAACUCAACAUAUGACUAAAUGAACUGCACAGCAUCACAUCCUUACCCAAUUUAGUGUUUAAUUUGCGUUGGAAACAGGACUUAAAUUAUAGGUUUUAUAUAAGUAAAGCUAGCUAGCCGUUAACGCUAACAAUGGCUAACUGUAUGGUUUUUCACACUCAAAUAGCCUCCAUUAUGGAGGUUCUAGCGAAUGCAGCCGUGGCAGACAUCUGUAAACUCGUAGACGACGACUAUGCAGUGUUUCGUUUGGAAAUAACUCAAAGCCAGAAAGAAAACGGGGCACUGAGGAGGAAACUACAGCUACUGGAAAUGAAGGUGGCACGGGAGCGCGCAGAGAGGACAAUGAUGCGAGAGCGCAUCGUCCCAGGGAGUACUACGAGUAGUGUCAAGAUCCUGGACCGAUACAGAGGAAUGGCAAGAGGUGAAGGACAUCUCACUGGAGGUCACAGGAUCUCUGUGAAGCCAGUAGGACACAAUACAUGGAGAGAUGACCAACCAAUCACUGUUGAUGAGGGGAGUGGAAUCUCAACACAGCAUGUUAUCAUGAUAGAGUCUGCAGAUGCAGAAGCUGCUGGUCCUGGGGUCAAGCUGGAGAGGUCUGAAGGAGAGGAUGACCCACGACACAGCAGAGACAUCCAGACUGGAGCGCCCCCUGUAGCCACGGCUGAUUCCACCAUUUCCCCAGCGCAGCACAGGACCCGACGUAGCAUCACGGAGGUCAGUGGAGCGCCGAACACCGUACUCAAGUCAGAGACCGACACAGAGACUUUAAUGGGGCUGGGGCAACUGGGCUGUCCUCCUGCUCCCCGCUCAGAUAAUUUACUUUACGGUAACCAGAGCCCGGUUCUAUCCCAUCAGGACUCAGGUGAUGCAUUACAGACUGGCAAUGAUCCAUCCUGUUCAUACGCUACAGAGACUGAGAUGAUACCUGGUGACACAUCUGUGGACAUAGAUACACAGACUAAUCCAAUGAGAGGUGACUGGAACCGGUACAGUAGUAGUGUAUACUCUGAAGGGUGCCUAAAUAAGAAACGGGAGGUUAUAGUCUUAGAUGACAUGAUUGUGAAAGUGGAGGACGACACUCCUCUGACAUGGAAUGCAAACGAAACUCACUUAGGAGGACACUCGCAGGGCAACACCAGUGACUUCUUAGACUACAGGGAAAGCUUAGAGACAAAUUCAAAUGUCGCAACCCACUCCCCUUUACAUGCGUUCAGGGAUCAUGACACAGUGUCUACGUCAAUGGGGCCUUCCGAUUCACAUGGCCGCGUCCUUUUUGAUCAGGUAUUGAACUCAAACGACAGGGCUAGAGCCCAGGCUCAGGGAGGGCAAGCCACAUCAGGCAAUAGUAAAGAGAAACGGUUCCUCUGCAUGUUCUGUCACAAAGGCUUCAGUUGCCUCCAGAAGGUGGAGAGUCACCAGAGGGUCCACACAGGGGAGAAAUCCUUCAGCUGUACCCAGUGUGAGAAGAGGUUCUCCCACCAGCACCACCUGAAGAGGCACCAGAGGGUCCACACAGGGGAGAAACCCUACAGCUGCCCCCAGUGUGAGAAGAGGUUCUCCCGCCAGGACCAGCUGAAGAUGCACCUGAAGGUCCACACGGGAGAAAGGCCAUUCGCCUGUACACACUGCGGGAAAAGAUUCUCAGAGAGGAGCUACCUUAGGACACACCAGCAGAAAAACCAUUCUACUCUAUAGCAUAGAAAAUAACCAUUCCACUUGAUAGCUUCUGACAUUUAGAUCAAACCCUGCAUUAAAGACAAAGAUUAAUUUUCAUUGUCACCAUCAGAAAAGAUUCACAGAUGCAUUUGGAAUAACAAGAGUAACAGAUUUCAGUGUUGAAUGUUCCUCGGUAGAAUAUUGCAUCCAGACAUUGAUAUAUACACUGCUCAAAAAAAUAAAGGGAACACUAAAAUAACACAUCCUAGAUCUGAAUGAAUUAAAUAUUUUUAUUAAAUACUUUUUUCUUUACAUAGUUGAAUGUGCUGACAACAAAAUCACACACAAAUUAUCAAUGGAAAUCAAAUUUAUCAACGCAUGGAGGUCUGGAAAACCACACUACAGGCUGAUCCAACUUUGAUGUAAUGUCCUUAAAACAAGUCACAAUGAGGCUCAGUAGUGUGUGUGGCCUCCACGUGCCUGUAUGACCUCCCUACAAUGCCUGGGCAUGCUCCUGAUGAGGUGGCUGAUGAUGGUCUCCUGAGGGAUCUCCUCCCAGACCUGGACUAAAGCAUCCGCCAACUCCUGGACAAUCUGUGGUGCAACGUGGCGUUGGUGGAUGGAGCGAGACAUGAUGUCCCAGAUGUGCUCAAUUGGAUUCAGGUCUGGGGAACGGGCGGGCCAGUCCAUAGCAUCAAUGCCUUCCUCUUGCAGGAACUGCUGACACACUCCAGCCACAUGAGGUCUAGCAUUGUCUUGCAUUAGGAGGAACCCAGGACCAACCGCACCAGCAUAUGGUCUCACAAGAGGUCUGAGGAUCUCAUCUCGGUACCUAAUGGCAGUCAGGCUACCUCUGGCGAGCACAUGGAGGACUAUGCGGCCCCCCAAAGAAAUGCCACCCCACACCAUGACUGACCCACCACCAAACCGGUCAUGCUGGAGGAUGUUACAGGCAGCAGAGCGUUCUCCACAGCGUCUCCAGACUGUCACGUCUGUCACGUGCUCAGUGUGAACCUGCUUUCAUCUGUGAAGAGCACAGGGCACCAGUGGCAAAUUUGCCAAUCUUGGUGUUCUCUGGCAAAUGCCAAACGUCCUGCACGGUGUUGGGCUGUAAGCAUAACCCCCACCUGUGGAUUUCGGGCCCUCAUACCAUCCUCAUGGAGGUUGUUUCUGACCGUUUGAGCAGACACAUGCACAUUUGUGGCCUGCUGGAGGUCAUUUUGCAGGGCUCUGGCAGUGCUCCUCCUUGCACAAAGGCGGAGGUAGCGGUCCUGCUGCUGGGUUGUUGCCCUCCUACGGCCUCCUCCACGUCUCCUGAUGUACUGGCCUGUCUUCUGGUAGCGCCUCCAUGUCAGCGUAGUGUCCAGAGCAGACACAGCAAACCUUCUUGCCACAUCUCGCAUUGAUGUGCCAUCCUGGAUGAGCUGCACUACCUGAGCCACUUGUGUGGGUUGUAGACUCCGUCUCAUGCUACCACUAGAUUGAAAGCACCGCCAGCUUUCAAAAGUGACCAAAACAUCAGCCAGGAAGCAUAGGAACUGAGAAGUGGUCUGUGGUCCCCACCUGCAGAACCACUCCUUUAUUGGGGGGUGUCUUGCUAAAUGACUAUAAUUUCCACCUGUUGUCUAUCCCAUUUGCACAACAGCAUGUGAAAUGUAUUGUCCAUCAGUGUUGCUUCCUAAGUAGACAGUUUGAUUUCACAGAAGUGUGAUUGACUUGGAGUUACAUUGUGUUGUUUAAGUGUUCCCUUUAUCUUUUUGAGCAGUGUAUAUCACAAUGUGACAAUGUAUAUCACAAUAUAUACAAGCCUAAAAAGUCUGUUACAUAGUGGGUUUGUACUGUGGAGGAUAUAUAAUGUUCAUAAAUGCCUAUUUCAUUAUUUCCAUUCAACUACUUAAUUUUUUUCCAAAAACACUUUGAGAAAAUGAAUGCAGUAUCAAGUUCAUGCAGCCUUUUAGGUGUGACGUGUAUAUGUGGUUUUCAUAUUCUGUAUUUAAAUCAUGUUUAUGUUUAAUAAACAUAUAAUGGGACUUUUCCUGAAGACUUUUAUUCACCCCUUUGAUUUCUUCAAAUUUUCUAAUAAAGUAUGAUUAAAAUGGA